AGAAGUGAAGCUGUAGACUCAGAUUUUUCCAACAGUGUGCAUCUUUGGUGUCUAAAAGAAAAGAAAAUCAGUGACAUCAUGGAGUUAGAUGUUGUUCUGUCUGCAUUUGAGAAAACUGUCCUGGACUACAAGCAAAGAAUAGAAUCUAGAAUUUGUAAGGAAGCUGUCAACAAAUUUUACUUUGAUAUUAAAAAAGAACUCAUCAAAAUGCUUAAAGAAGUCCAGAUGUUGAAAAAUCUGAAAAGGAAGAAUGCUAAGAUGAUUUCAGACAUUGAAAAGAAAAGGCAGCGUUUAAUUGAAGUCCAAGGUGAACUGCUUCGGUUAGAACCACAGCUGAAACAACUGCAAACAAAGUAUGAUGAACUUCAGGAGAGAAAGUCUUCCCUUAGGAAUACAGCAUAUUUCUUAUCUAAUUUAAAACAGCUUUAUCAAGAUUACUCAGAUGUUCGCAAGAAAGAACCAAACGUAAAGGAAAAGUAUGAUUCAUCCAGCCUUCCAGCUCUGUUAUUUAAAGCAAGAACCCUUUUGGGAGCUGANGAUAUAUGUUUCAGCCUAUAA